AGGUAAGGAGAUCACUGACUGUCUUAAAUGAUUGAUCUUAGUAAGGCAAGAUGGCAGAAUAAGGAGCUAACAUUAUUAUAUAUUACAGUUGUGAUUUGUUUUUUAAAUCUCCCCACCUUCCCUGUUUUACAAUAUUUGGUAAACAUUUCAGUAUUAAAGAAUGAGGAUCUGUGUUCACCAUGCAGUAAUUUUAGUGCAUUUAUACCACACAGAGUAAAGCUUUGCCUGUAAUUAACUGUGCUACGGUCCGUAAACACAUAAUUAAGUGAAAAUGAACCUCAGAGCUGGAUUGUGAACUGAAGAAUAAAGCACUGCACGAUUCGCUGAACAUAUCCUUUCAUUGAAGUGAUUGCAGGGAUGUUGUACUGUCUAAAGAGUUGCCGUUCCCGUCAUUCAUGGAACAACUUGUAGAAAGCUCAUUUUGUGAAAUGAAUAGCAAGCCGCGAAAAGGCAGCUGUUGACUGUAACUAUAUUUUCAAGGCGUCUCCCUCUGGUGGCUAUUCGGAAUUAUACAAGCAGUCGCCUUAACUUUUCAGCUAAGACCACCAAUGGAGACACUAUUGUUUAUUAAAAAAUAAAACAACAACAAAAAACAAAUACCUACACUUUAAGAUGGUUAGUAGUUGACGCAAACCGCGCGUAUCGCUCGUAUUUGGUUGGUAAUAGAAAUAGUAACAACACAGACGCGCGCGGUAGACUGUGCUGGACCUCGGCGGUGCUGAACAGCGACAGCCGCGGAGGUCUGAAUUAGGUAUUGAGCUCCUGACGAGCACACAAGUGGACUCCCUGGCCGGCGUGUAUAGCCAGCCUCUCCGCUUCCCACACGGCGGGUUCGUGGAAACGAAUAGCUCGCGGCGACGGUUUUAUUAGCAUGUAGCAACAAUACGAGGCUCGCUGACGCGCGUGCGCAGCGCGCUUCCUUAAACUCCUCCCAGCGUGUAGUUAGUUAAACCCGCGCCGCACACUCUUUCCACCAAAACACAAUGUCGACCCCAAAUAAACUGAUAUACACCGAAAUCCCCAUCCCCCCGUGUAUGUGUGUCACCAUCUUUUGUUGUGUGUUGAGACGACGUGGCUUCGCUGUGCUCGGUUUGGGGUUUAGAGAAGCCGAGCUGUAAGUAGGUCGGGCUGGGUUUAAGCGGCUUAGCUACGUCAGUCUAAGCUGGGAGGAAUUCAUCCAAAACCCUGGAAGGUAGGCGGGGGCCUAAGCGAGGCUGGCCUAGUUAAGCCUGAUUCUUAUUGUGCACGGCAGAAGCCUGCUUUUCUUGUGCAAGGAAACAGAGGUAGGAAACCAAGGAGUGGUGAGGUUUCACGCUUGUGACAUAUCACAGCCUGCGUUUGAUUUGGAAUGGGAAGAGGAGAAAAAAGAGAUAUGGAGCAGUUAAAUCAGUGUUAACUUUAUGUCUCAGCGGAAUAAGAGAAUCCUGCAGCAGGACGAAAAGAAAGGUGGGGGGUGACAGCUGAAGGCCUGACUGGGGCUGGAAGAUGGCAUCCGGUUCGGUGUUCCUUUCCAGCAUGGUGGGGAAAGCUCGCUCCUCAAACUUCACGCUCUCGGAGAAGCUGGACCUGUUGAAGCUCGUCCGGCCUCACGUCCGCAUCCUGGAGGAACACACCAACAAACACGCAGUCAUUGUGGACAAGAACAAGUGCUGGGACACUGUGGCGGAGCAGUACAAUGCCCUGGGGGGCGACAGGCCCCACCGCACAGCGCAGGGCCUCAGAACUCUUUACAAGAGACUGAAGGAGUCGGCCAAACAGGAAGUGAUGCAACAGAGGCACGCCCAGCCGGAAUACAGAGCCAGCAUCUCGGAACCAACCAAGAGAGUCAUGGAGAUGAUCCCUCACCUGUUUCAGCAUGUGCCCAUCCACGAAAAGGACCUGGCUCUGCGCAGAUUAUUAUACAGUAAGCACCCAUCUCCCAUCGAGCCUCCUGGCAGCAGCGCUUCGCUGGCUGGUCCUCAGGACUACUCAGCAGCUGUCCCCACCAUUCCCCAUGAGGUGGUCCAUCUGGACACCGAAGAUGACGUAAAACCCCCUCCAGAUCUCCCACUCCCAUCCACGCACGAAGAGAUGCGCCUGGAGGCGGCCCCGGAGCUGAUGGGAGAACAACAUGCGGACAGCAUCCGGGAUUACGAUGCAUCCUCGUCUCCCGCCCCUUCGUCUGUUAACAUCCCCCUCUCUGCCUCACCGCUGUCUUUACACCACGACUUCUACCCCAACAGCAUCUACCCUAACAACGUCUACCCUCAUCACGAGUCUGAGCGCUUCCGCCCUUUGCACCUGGCCAAAGAGGAGCACGAAUUGGUGUUAGCGAAUCACAGGAAGGUGGCAAUGUACCUUGAGGAGAAGAGGGAGGGGCUAAAGAGGAAGCAGCAGUUGGAGGAGGAACUUUUGAGGGCCAAGAUCAAAGUGGAGAAGCUAAAGGUGGCCCGACUUCGACAUGGGCUGCCCGUCCCUCUUUAGCAAGAAGGAACAUGUUGAUCUGAGGCAGGCCCUGGAACGAGAGAUAAGAGAUCCACUUCAACCACCUCAGUAUCAGGGUAUUUGACAUUGAUUUUGUCAAAGGUAUUGGAAGGCUAGAAAAUACCACUUUUUAGUACAAUGUCACAGUGAUACAGUCCCUAAAGCGUUUCCAUAGACAUACUGCAGUCCAAGCAGGAGUCAUACUCAUAACAGAAUAUAAUUUUUUGUGCUAAAAUGGAAAGAGAAAGAGCAGAAAUGAUACGCCAAUAACGCCCUGAGAAAAGAACACAAAAUUCUGGAUGUUCUCAAUCCUACUCUGCUGUGUAAAAUUAAUUGAUGGGUUACACUGUGUCGCGCUGCUAUGAUGUUACGGAAAUUACGAAGUGCUUGCACACCAGUUUCAGGGAUCGUAUCUCGUUUUGAACCACGUAUUAAUGUUCUAAAAUCAAACUUCCAUACCAUGUGGCCUAUGAGGAUAGGUUUAAAAUGUGUGAUCCCUUUUUACAUUUUGUGAAACUGUCUACAAAAUCUCACGGUGAGCCUUAAAACAAUGUCGAGAUGCAACUAUUACACGACAACAAAUCGAUUCCCAAAUUAAUCGAUAAUUAGUUGUGAUAAUUCAUUAAUUGUUAACAGACCUAAAAUUGUUCAAAUCCUUAGAAUGUCUCCCUCAACAGGAAAUAUUCUCAGAUUUCUUCCUCAUCAAAAUACAACAGCUACAACCAUCUGGUUUUACUUUGGAAAACACCGAUCAACAUUUUUGCCUAUUUUCUGACAUGAUGCGGAUAAUCAAAUCAUGAAAAGAAGUUUCAUGCGUUUUCUGAAAAAUAAAUUUUGAGAAAAAAGUCCUUUUUUUUUUUUUUGAAGAACGGGAUGGAAAAAAUAAAAUGUUAUUUUUAAAUCAAAUUAAUCCCCAGAUUAAUUGAUUGUUAAUCCUUAGUUGCAGUCCUAAAACAAUGCUAUACAGGGGAAGCUAUGAUGUCACUAUGAUGAUGGUCUGGCUACCCACUUUUCCCCCACGUUCAACUGCGGAUUUUUCGUUGUGUAUUGUCAUAUUCAGUGUGUUGCUAAAAAUGGCAUGAAAAUGAAAUCGAUUGCCAGUGAAUACAAGUGAAUGGAAUAUUGUACUUCAGGGAAAUGACUGUUGGGUGUUGUCAGUUUUUGUUUCUCUAUUUUUUUGGUGUCUUUUUCUAUUAAAAGAAAGUUACUAGA